GAGGGCUUCCAGAGGCGUCAGGACGAGCGGAUGGAGCAGGUACGCCAGAUCGCGUCCCUCACCGAGCAGGUGAAGAACGAGACUGCCCGCGCGGUGCGUGCUGAGCAGAAAGUGGAGGCGUUUCGCAACCAGGUGGCGCAGCAGAACGCGGACAUCCACGCGAUGGCCACCGAGCUGACGGUGGGGAGGCUCAAGAUCGCGGAGCUGCAGAAGGAGCUCGACAAGGCAAACACGCCGAAGAGGGCGCGGAAGGAGCUCGACAAGGUGCCUCAGGCGGACACCUCGAAGAAGACGCGGAAGGAGAAGUAGACCUAGGUGGCCAUCUGA